AUGUCUUCCUCCAACACACAACCCCAACCUUCGAAAGCUGCCUCAUGGAUUCUCGUCGCUCUGGCUAGCGGCGCAUUCGCGGCCCUGAACGGGCUCUUCGCAAAGCUAACAACGGAUACCCACACCACCGCAUUCGCCGAGUCCAUCGCCCACCUAUUCGGCCUCGAGUCCUCCAGUUUCCUAGAACUCCUUGUUCGCGGUCUCUGCCUCGGUCUCAACGUCCUCUGCAACAUCAUAAUGUGGGCCCUGUUCACCCGCGCCCUGACAGCCGGUCCCUCCACGACGAAAGUCUCCAUCACCAAUACCUCGGCCAAUUUCUUGAUGACGGCCUUGCUGGGGAUGGUUAUCUUCAAGGAGUCCGUGGGUGGACUGUGGUGGCUUGGGGCUGCGAUGAUGGGUGCGGGUUGUAUUCUAGUUGGGAUGCGAGAGGGGGCGUAA